CUUCCUCUUCCCUUCAGUUGCUUCCUCGGCCUCUUUCUCUUCCUCUUCCUAUAUUUACUAGUAGUAGUAAUAACCGAAGAUCAAAAGAAAACACACCGGGCUUUACUGCUACCAGUUCUCUCUUCCCCAUCCUCCUCCUCCUCCUCCUCCUCCUCCUCCUCCUCCGCUCCACACCAUGUUCUGGUUUCUCUCUCACCGCCGCCGACAACAACAUCAACAACAGGCCUUGCUCCCGUUGUUCUCCCUUCUCUCCUCGGCUUCCUCUUCCUCUUCUUCUUCAUCUUCGAGCUCAAGCCUCCAAAUACGUAGAGUACUAAAAGCCCCUGGCCGGCCCAUUGCGAUUCGUGCAGAUCAAAUCACCGAUACUAAGACCACUCUCGUCGUGCGCCCCCAAGGCGAUGCCCAAUCUGCCGUGGCGUACAAGAUCGAAGACCUUGAUGGAAUCACCCUCUUCACCGCCACCGGCCGCAAGUUCUCGCACCGUCCUUGCCGCGAAUUCCGCGAUGCCUCGGGGCUUCCGCUGUUUGAGCUGCACCGACGCCUCUCUUUCCGCAACAAUUGGUCCGUCACGCUCCCGGGCUCGUCCCUCAAGGAUAAAACCUACUCUCCACUGGCUACGGGUUCGCGGCGUCGGGCAAGUCGCCGAUCGGCCGCCUCCUUUGGCUCGACCACGCGCGGGGGAAACUUCACCAUCACCUUUGAUAACGUCGCCGCCGUUGACGGCAAACAGCCUGAGGAACGGGUACUGACCCUAGAGGUACAGCGGCAUGGGAAUGUCCUCGCACUGUUCGACAUCGUUGAUGGGGAUCGUAAGAUCGCGGAAGUGAGGGAAAGUAUCCGCCAUAACGAAAAGCUGGCCUUGAUGCCAGCCUCGCGCGUGGGCUACAGGCCUGUGUUGGAUGUCAUUGUGACUCCCGGGGUGGAUUUGGCUUUGGUUGCGACCAUCGCGGUCAUCGCGUCAGACACAGUUUUUGCAUCGAAUUAUUGAUUUUUGUUCAGCCAAGGCGCAUGGAAGAAGCACCUGAUUCUAGAUGCCAACGACA